CCCAAUAUAUAUAUAGGUACCUUGGACCUGACAAUCCGAUUUCUUGGUUAUUCCUGAUUCCACCCUUGAUCUGGUUCAUGAACUGAUUAAUGUGCAGAUUGAGAAGGAUUCUUCUCUUCCUCUUUUAUUUUUAUUUUUUUCUUGCGAGUUGGGCCAAAAAAAAAACCUCCAGAGUCAAGUCUGCGCGAUUUGUGCGCGGUUUAGUGUAUGGAGCAGUUAAUCUUCUAAACCUCAAGGAUCCCUCCCGCACAAAACCCGCAUUCCAAUCACUUCAUUAUCUUUCUCUUAUUGGAGGCCCCAAAUGAACAAAUACUAAUCAGUGUGGUAGCGUGGGUUGAGGAGGAUGAUCAUGGUGGGAGAUAUAAGAAUCUAGUCAGUUGUCUGCCAUAGGACCAU